UAGCAGCGCGCAGUGCGCCACACUCCCCGCCGGGGAGGAGCGUGUCUCUGACAGCCCGGCGGCUGUCCCAGCCUGCGCGUGUCUGUCCCCGCGCGUGUGUGUCCCUGGCUCUGGGAGCCCGGUCCUCGCGCAGCAGACUCCCGGCCCUCUGCCCUCACCUUGCGCCUCGCUCCUCUGCACGCCCAUCGACAAUGGAUGGCAACUCCCUGCUCUCCGUGCGGAGCCAUGUGGGCAACUGAACCAGACUCACCUACGUGCCACUCCGCUGCCUCGCCUGCCAGGAACCACUCCCAGGAAUCCAGCAACGCGGAGUCACUACUGAUGUGUGAGGCCCCGGCGGCCCAGCAGGGCGGCGCCAGCAGCUCGGGAAGCAGCCUGGGGAGCUCCGUCACCGCCUGUAAGAAGGUGCUUUGCAGCAAUAGCCUCCUGGAGUCUACAGACUACUGGCUGCAGAACCAGAGGACGCCCUGCCAGAUUGGCUUUGUGGAAGACAGGUCUGAAAACACAGCUUGCGCCUCCGUCUGCUUUGUGAACCUGGACGUGAACAAGGAUGAGUGCAGCACAGAGCACCUGCAGCAGAAAUUGGUCAAUGUUUCACCAGAUCUCCCAAAACUUAUCAACUCCAUGAAUGUCCAAAAACCAAAAGAAAAUGAAAUUGUCCUCCUCAGUGGGUUAACAUCUGGAAAUCUCCAGGCAGAUUUUAAAGUUUCACAGUGUCCUUGGCUGCCAGAUAUCUGCCUGGUCCAGUGUGCCAGAGGGAACAGACCAAACAGUACCAACUGCAUCAUCUUUGAAAUCAACAAGUUUUUGAUUGGGCUGGAACUGGUGCAGGAGCGGCAGCUCCGCCUGGAAACAAACAUCUUGAAGGUGGAGGAUGACACGAACUGUUCCCUGUCUUCCAUCGAGGAAGACUUUCUCACGGCCUCUGAACACUUGGAGGAAGAGAGCGAGGUGGAAGAAUAUAGGAACGGUUGUGAGAAUAUAAAUGUCUCAGCCAAUGUUAUGGAAAGUAAAAAGCCGAAGGAAGUCACACAGGAGGAAUGGAAUUACGAUAAGGAAAAGUCCCUUUAUACUUUGGAAAACAAAUACAUUAGCAAGCAUCCUAUGGCAUGGAUUAAGACAGAAGGGUCUCUGGAAAAAGAAGCAGAAGAUACAACUUUGCAAAGUCUAGGUCCAUCAGCUAAUCUAUCAGAGUGGAAAGGUGAAGGUGUGGGGAAUGAGGACACAGCCACAGAUUAUCAUUAUCCAGAAAAUGUCACAGAUCCAGCAGAAACACUGCAGGCACUAUACAUUCCGGACAAUGCUUGUUUCCCCAGGGUGCUUAUGCCAGAUGGGCCUUGUGCCUGUGGCACUGUCAUGGGGCAUGGCCACAACUCAGACCCAGGAGACCACGAAGGUGGAACAAACUCUCUCCUCCCCAUACAGGAUGGAGAAGCCACAACUGGCGAGUAUGCUACAAAUUUAGCAGAAUCCGUGCUGCAAGAUGCAUUUAUUAGAUUAUCUCAGUCCCAGCCUACACUCCCCCAGGAAUCUGCAGUCAGUGUCUCUGUAGGAAGUGCUCUGCUCCCCAGUGGCUGCUCCACAAAAGAUAUUGUGGUCUCUCCAUCAUGGAAUGACCUCCCCAAAAUUGUCAUUGUUCAGAGUCCAGAUGGCAGCAAUGGAGCCCCUGAGCCAGGCAUCUCUUCGUGUUCCGAGAUGGAAGCCUCUCUUGACACCUCAGGUGUCCCCUCUGGAGAGAACGCCAGCAGACACCCCCAGAGUGCUCUAGAAGUAGCAUUAGCGUGUGCGGCCACCAUGAUUGGAACUAUUUCCAGCCCUCAGGCCACAGAAAGACUGAAAAUGGAGCAAGAAUCCCUUAUUGCAAACCACCCACUGGGAUGCAACGAACCACUGCAGACUCCAGCACCCCAAGCACUCAAGGAAACUCCCAUCAGUGAAUACUCGUUUCCAUCUGCGCUGUGUGGCAUGACUCAGGUGGCCAGUGCCGUUGCCGUCUGCGGCCUGGGGGAAGUGGGAGAGGUGGCGUGCCCUGGGGCUUCGAGUAGAAUCCUGUCUGCAGCUGAGUCUUCCGCAGCAAUUCCCCCGCUUUUCAAUCUAGCAGCAGGGAGGGGCGUGGAGCUGGGCAAAGAAGCCAUUGCAGAGGCCUUGUUCAAGGAGGCCGCUCUGGUUUUAACAGGGCCUGACACCCACGGCGGCAUUGGAGACCUCAUGGCAUCAAUGAACCGAAGAAUUAUGGAAGCUGCUUCAAAGCCACAGAGCUCAAGCCCAGAAAAUGUCCUCGGAAAUGAACUGGCACAGGCCCUAUCCAAUGUUAUCCUGAAGCACUCCAUCGAUGAGGUUCACCAGCAGAAUAAAAUAACUGACCCCGACAAUGGUGGGCACUCGUCUGAAACUCUGGACACUCUCAUGGAAAGUACAAAUCAGCUGCUCUUCAACGUGAUAUGCUCCACGUUCAAGAAGAUGAGCCAUAUCGCACAGCACGGCGAAGGUCCCACUGCUCUUUCCAAGGAGACCCCUGGACGGAGGGAACCUGAACUAGACACCCAGACACCUGAUCAGGCUGCUAGCCAGGCAUGGACAAAAGCCACUGAACACUACAGCAGCCAUCCACUUAUUCAUCCGUGUAGCGCUAGUCUUGUCAUCAGUGACCUUGCAGAUGACAUGCCUCCCCAGCAGGCCAGCAACGGCUCGGCAAAGCCGGGCCCCUUCCAGACCCCGAUGCUGCAGCCUGAAUGGACUUGUAGUGCCAGAGUGCCUCGCUCUUCGACUGCUAAAACGUCCCCCAAGGAAACGUAUCUGAAAGGAACCGUGGGAAAGGAUGCAAAAACCCGUCAUCAGACACCGAGUCACAACGUGAAUGAACGCAGGGCCUCUUCAGAAGGAGAAAGGACACCCACGGUCACCAAGUACAACAGCAGUUCCCAGGAUUCUGAGGACGGCUUCAGUCCAAACAUCCAAGAAAAGCACAGCUGUGCCUCACCUCUAAACAGUGAAGUUCAAGUUCACCUGUCUUUGUUAGGGAGUGACUUGCCGCUUCCUGCCCAGUCCAUGCUGCACACAAAACACACAGACAUAUACUGCAUUACGGACUUUGCCGAAGAAUUAGCAGAGACCAUUGUCUCCAUGGCAACCGAAAUCGCAGCAAUUUGCCUUGACAACUCAAACGGGAAACAACCCUGGUUUUGUGCAUGGAAAAGAGGGAGUGAGUUUCUGGUCACCCCAAACGUACCCUGCCGCUCCGUGAAGAGGAAGAAGGAGAGCCAGGCCGGCGGGGCCUCUGUGCGGAAGCACAAGCCGCCACGACUCAGCGAGAUCAAGAGGAAAACGGAUGAGCACCCGGAGCUUAAGGAGAAGCUGAUGAACCGGGUCGUGGAUGAGUCGAUGAACCUCGAGGACAUCCCAGAUUCUGUCAACGUCUUUGCAAACGAAGUGGCAGCCAAGAUCGUCAACCUAACGGAGUUUUCCCUGGUGGAUGGCGCCUGGCAAGCCCAGAGCUUCCCCCGGAAUCGCUUGCACAGCGGGGACAGGUGGAUGCGGCGGAAGGCCUCCAGCUGCGAAAGCAUCGCCGAGGAGGACUCCAACGCCAGGGCCUAUGUCAGCAGCCUGGGCUUAAUGAGCGCCCUCAGUCAGCCAGGGAGCAGGGCCAGCUCCGUCUCCAAGCAGUCGAGCUGCGAGAGCAUCACCGACGAGUUUUCCAGGUUCAUGGUGAACCAGAUGGAAAAUGAAGGACGGGGAUUUGAGUUACUGCUGGAUUACUACGCGGGCAAGAACGCCAGCAGCAUUGUGAACUCGGCCGUGCAGCAGGCAUGCCGGAGGAGCGACCACCUCAGUGUGAGGCCGAGCUGUCCCUCCAAGCAGUCCAGCACGGAGAGCAUAACCGAGGAGUUCUACAGGUACAUGCUGAGGGAUCUUGAGAGAGAAAGCAAAGACAGCACCUCCUCCAGGCGAGGCAGCCAGGAUUGGGCGGCUGGCUUGUUGUCACCUUCCCUGAGAUCCCCACUGUGUUACAGGCAGUCGUCCAUGCCAGACGGCAGAGCCCUGGGCCCCAGACUGACCGUGAAUGCGCCACUGAAAGCCAACUCCUUAGAUGGCUUUGCUCAAAACAGCCAGCGAGACUUCCUGAGCGUACAGCCAGGCAGCAGUGCUUCCUCCACCGGGCUCUGCAAAUCCGACUCCUGCCUGUAUCGCAGGGGUGGGACCGACCACAUCACAACCAUGUUAAUUCAUGAGACGUGGGCCAACUCCAUCGAGGCCCUCAUGCGGAAGAACAAAAUUAUAGCGGAUGAUGGCCAAGCCAGUGCUGAGCCCGGGUCUGGUGGCUCUCCCUUGCACGGAGACAAGUGUGCAAACAGAUUGGCUUCGAGCAGAGUGCAAAGUGGGCCGAUUCUUCUUGUCCAAGAGUCCAUUGAUUACCAGAGGAAAGACUCUAUUACCGAAAGCCUAUAUCCCCCAGGGUCCUCUGCAAGCAAAGCUGCUCAUCUUAGUUUAGAUUCUGAAAAGGAAACUUCCUUGUGUCAUGGUGGUGUCCCUAUAAACCACCCCAGGCAAUCACUUCUUUCGAGGGAGGUGCCUUUAAUUCAGAUUGAAAUAGACCAGAGAGAAGAGUGUGUUGGCGAACCUGAACACACGCCGUCCAAAGGCUGCCCCCUAGAAGCAGCGGAGGAGCGCUCGGAGGAAGACAAAACGCCGGAUGUGGGGAGGGGUGGAGACACCGAGACAAGUGCCGGUCAGACCCGCAGUGACAGCCUUGAUGCCAGAGACGGACCAGAGGCAGAAGUCCCGACAGAAGGGAGAGCCCCCAGUGAGGUGCCCAACCCUCCCAGCAGCAGUGGGGAGAGCACCGAAAGCUGGUCCCAGCUCGCCAACGAGGAGGACAACCCAGACGACACAAGUAGCUUCCUGCAGUUCAGUGAGCGAUCCAUGAGCAAUGGCAACAGUAGUGCCACUAGCAGUCUUGGCAUUAUGGACCUGGACAUUUAUCAGGAAAGCAUGCCAUCUUCUCCCAUGAUUAAUGAAUUAGUAGAAGAAAAGGAGAUUCUUAAAGGACAGUCAGAAAAAGGAGAGGAAUGCGUCCCUGGAGCACCCGUGGGAGCAGCCAGCCACCAGGGCAGCCUGCUGGUGAUCAACUUUGACCUGGAGCCCGAGUGUCCUGACGCUGAGCUUCGAGCCACUCUGCAGUGGAUCGCUGCCUCUGAACUUGGGAUUCCUGCCAUCUACUUUAAGAAAUCUCAGGAGAACAGAGUUGAAAAGUUUCUAGAUGUGGUGCGGCUGGUCCACCGGAAGUCCUGGAAAGUGGGGGAUAUCUUCCACGCCGUGGUUCAGUACUGCAAACUGCACGAGGAGCAGAAAGACGGGACCCCGAGUCUCUUUGACUGGCUGCUGGGACUGGGCUAAGGCAGCUGCGCCCUGUACAGAAUUCCUUUCCCUUAUUCCAGCUUAGAUUACACUGACUCGCUUGAAAUGCUCUCACCUUUCUCAAACAUUGCAUCCCACUAGCAGAGCUACCGAAAAAAUCUGUUCAAGGCUACUACCCAUGGAAUAAACCUGAGGAAGAGUAAAAUAUAGAUCUGCACAAAUCAAUACAAUGUAGGGGUGAAUUCAAAAGAGUUUGUAUUGGAGUGGCUGGGAAAAUGGGAACUUCAGUGGGCCUCAAAUUAAAAGCUUAUAACUAGGCCUAAAUUCUAAGACAGCUGCUGUUGCAUAUUUUUAAUAAUAUAAAAUGUUAUGUGAAUUAUGUGAAUCAACUGGAAAUAAAGUUCUUGGUCACCAUAAUUUUCUAAACUAGGCUAUAACCUUUAUGUUACUUUUUUUAGCAGUCAUUACAAGGCUUGUCAGCCCACGGGAACACUUAAAAUAUGGGUGGGAAAUUUCCAGAACUUUGACAUAAAAAAUAAUUUCACUUUCAAACUAAUGUCAGUAGAUAGCAACAAAAUGUAAGAGUAUCAUCAGUGUCUUCUAAUGAGGUUUUCUUCAUUUAUUUACUGCAACUCACUAAAAAUAUUCCACACCUGCCCAACGAUAUCUGGAUUCCUAACUACCCAGAAAACUAUUGGUGUUCAGCCAAGAAAGAGAAAGAUCAAAGACUGUCUUGUUUCCAUCCCUAUAUUAUUAGUUGGCUAACAUGGUUACAGAAUUCUUACCCUAAGGGAAAGCUUUCUACCAAAAAUAAUAAUAAUAAUCAAAGAAAGAAAGAGAAGUCUUUUGAGAUGAAAGAGAAGUCUUUUGAGAUAAAAGCUGCUUUUGUAUAAAAUAUAAACUUUCAUUUUAUUAUUAUUAUUGUAAAUCAUGAAGAGAUUAUCUUAAAUAAUAUAUUGAGUUAUUUUAGAGAGUCAUAAAAGAUCUGAAGAGGUUGUUGUCUUAAAUCCCAAACUGGUACUUGAGCUCAGCGGUGUCAUUGUGGAUGCGUUGGUGCGCACCUAUACACAGACCUGCUGCAGUCUGAUGACAAUCAGACUGACAGAUGGAGGGUUUGACAGAACAAGUCAGGAUCAUAGACUCUUCCUGAUUCAGAGACAUUGGUGUUUAAUUGGGGGAAGAGAAAACUUUAUUACAGUUAAGUAUUUUAAUAACAGAGAUUUAGUCUUUUGGAAAAUGAAAGUAUCUAACUUCUCCCUAAUGAGCCUCCUUUCCUUUCAACUAAAUGAGCUACGCUGGCUUUUAUUUCAUUGACCAAAGGAAGUGUUUCUUGAAGAUUUUCUGGAAUACUAUGCCUUUACACUAUUUUUAAAGACUGAGAAAUAAUGUGAAAUGGGAGCAGGGCCCCACGCCAGCCGUGCUGGCCUUAGGCAUCAUCCAUAUCUCGAAACGUCAGGAAAGCCGCCUCAUAACCCACAUUUCCCUUCCCACCACCCACCCCAGGAAUCCUUCCCAGUGCUCAUUAGGCAUUUGCUACGUAAAUAGUCCAAAUUUAGGUUAUUCUCGCAAUCUGACACAUUAAUCAAAUGUUCAAUUUUAAAAUGUAUCCACCAUCUCAAGCUGAAAUCCUCUGUGCUAUUAAAUGAAAAAGGAUCUAUUUAUUUUUUACACAAUCUCAGAAUACCGUGUGUACUUUUGCUGUGCUUUCAUGAAUGUUUACUUACCCUACAGAGCACACAUAUUGGAUUGUAACCCUGUGGUGAAGCUGUAUAUGUUGUGCUCAAUGUUGCAAACUAACAAAUAAACUUUUGUUGCCAAA